GCCCCUCCGCAUCUCCCGGGCGCCGGCGGAGCAGAAUCAAAAUGUCAGACAAAAGUGAUUUAAAAGCAGAACUUGAGCGCAAAAAGCAACGUUUGGCUCAGAUAAGAGAAGAAAAGAAACGGAAGGAGGAAGAAAGGAAGAAGAAAGAGGCUGAUCUACAGCAAAAGAAGGAGCCAGCUCAGGAGGAUUCUGACCUAGACCGCAAAAGAAGAGAGACAGAAGCUUUGUUACAGAGCAUUGGUAUAUCCCCAGAACCACCUCUAGUCCCAACCCCUAUGUCUCCCUCUUCGAAAUCAGUGAGCACACCCAGUGACGCAGGCAGCCAGGACUCAGGAGAUCUGGGACCCAUAGGAAGGACCUUGCAAUGGGACACAGACCCCUCAGUGCUGCAGCUCCAGUCUGACUCUGAACUUGGACGCAGACUGCACAAACUAGGGGUGUCAAAGAUUACCCAGGUGGAUUUCUUACCUCGGGAGGUGGUAUCAUACUCCAAGGAGACACAGACACCUCUUGCCACACAUCAAUCUGAAGAGGAUGAAGAUGAUGAAGAGAUGGUGGAGCCAAAAGCACAGGAUGACUUGGAGAUGGAAAAUCAAGACCAGAAGCAGGAAGUGAAAGAAGCUCCUCCUAGAGAACUGACAGAAGAAGAAAAACAGCAAGUUCUCCAUUCAGAAGAAUUCCUGAUAUUUUUUGACCGGACAAUACGUGUAAUUGAGCGAGCUUUGGCUGAAGAUUCAGACAUCUUCUUUGACUACAGUGGCAGAGAUGUAGAAGAGAAAGAUGGAGACGUUCAAGCAGGAGCUAACCUUUCCUUUAACCGUCAAUUUUAUGAUGAGCACUGGUCGAAGCAUCGUGUCGUCACCUGUAUGGAUUGGUCUCUUCAGUACCCCGAGUUGAUGGUUGCAUCUUAUAACAAUAAUGAAGAUGCUCCACAUGAGCCUGAUGGGGUAGCCUUGGUAUGGAACAUGAAGUUCAAGAAAACCACACCGGAAUAUGUUUUCCAUUGUCAGUCGUCUGUGAUGUCUGUCUGUUUUGCCCGCUUUCACCCAAACCUGGUCGUUGGUGGAACGUACUCUGGCCAAAUUGUCUUGUGGGAUAAUCGCAGUCACAGGCGCACUCCGGUUCAGAGAACUCCCUUAUCUGCUGCUGCUCACACGCAUCCUGUGUAUUGUGUGAAUGUAGUUGGAACACAGAAUGCGCACAAUCUCAUUACCGUCUCUACAGAUGGCAAAAUGUGCUCCUGGAGCCUGGACAUGCUCUCAACUCCACAGGAGAGCAUGGAGCUGGUGUACAAUAAGUCCAAACCAGUGGCGGUUACAGGAAUGGCUUUCCCAACCGGAGAUGUCAAUAACUUUGUCGUUGGUAGUGAAGAGGGAACAGUCUACACAGCCUGUCGUCAUGGAAGUAAAGCUGGCAUUGGUGAAAUUUUUGAAGGCCACCAAGGACCCGUCACAGGAAUCAAUUGUCACAUGGCAGUGGGUCCAAUUGACUUUUCCCAUCUCUUUGUCACAUCAUCAUUUGACUGGACAGUCAAGUUGUGGACCACAAAGCACAACAAGCCGCUCUACUCCUUUGAAGACAAUGCCGACUAUGUCUACGAUGUCAUGUGGUCGCCAGUGCAUCCCGCGCUCUUCGCCUGCGUGGACGGGAUGGGGCGCCUGGAUCUGUGGAACCUGAAUAACGACACCGAGGUUCCCACAGCCAGCGUCACCAUAGAAGGCGCUUCUGCCCUCAACCGUGUCCGCUGGGCCCAGGCUGGGAAGGAGGUAGCAGUUGGUGAUUCAGAAGGCCGCAUAUGGAUCUAUGAUGUUGGAGAGCUGGCUGUUCCCCACAACGACGAAUGGACCCGCUUCGCUCGGACCCUGGUGGAAAUCCGCGCCAACCGAGCAGACAGCGAAGAGGAAGGGGCGGUGGAGCUGUCGGCCUAGAGGAAGAGAAGGAGCGGCGCCCGCCGUCGCCAGAACAGCAGCUUUCCCCGCUGAGUACGCUGGUGUUCAGUGUCAGAGUCAGUCUUGCUGUGGCUUUUGAUGCCAGUGUACGUGCCAGUAUUGCUCAAAGCAUUCCGUAUUAAUCACGCUGCUUUACACAAGGCUGAAAAUAUCCAGAGCAUUUUCAUACUUUAUAUUUCUGUCUGAAAAGUAAGAAAGAAAAGACAAAUCAACCCUUUAUGGGUUUAGUUGUUGCCUUUUAACUACUUAGUAGCUGUAUUUAAUAGCUAGGAACCCCUGGUUAAACUUGUGCUCACAUUGCCCUUCUGGCAUAGUCCUAUUAAAUCCAUAUGAAGCCAGAUAUGAUUAUGUGCAGAUGUGGUGUGCUUCACUGUAUGGGACUGGGCCAAAGACUUUAGAUGUGGUGUUUCACAUGGUGACUUACAUUAUGAAUGGAUGUACUAUACGAAAGUUGCUGCUCCUUAUUUAUUGCGGUGUGCUGCAUGGAACAUAUUUAUUUGAAAGCAUUAAAAUAAACGAUCCUAAAGCAUGUGCAUAAUGAGAGAACUGCAUUGUCUGUGUGCUGCUGUAGAGGUUACAUUAAAGUCUACAUAACAAUUACAGUACAUCAGUUGUGCUUAAGAUGUAAGAUCUAUAAAGGUUGGCUUGAGUGGAUGGAAUGAGUUUCCUUUUUUUUUUUAAGAUGCCUAUUAUUUCUAGGCACUUUAACUAUAUUUCAAAUACAGUUGGUCACUGAUACUUGUCAUGCAAGUUAACACUAACAGUCUGACAAAGGGU